UGUUUUGUAGUACUUUUCGUUUGUUUUCUCAUACUCCAUUAUAUAUUCUAAACCUCUGCUUCUGCUUCUUCCACCUUCAUGUCACAGAAGCAGCUAUGGAUCCCAACAUCGUCGGAAUCGGCUACGAGUUCGACGAUGAAGGCAACCUAGUACUUGUCUCCGGUCCCAACCACUCCGACAACCUCGUCAAUUUCACUGAUCCUUUUCUCGAUGUGGGCCCUCUUCCGAACCCUGUCUCCGACUCGGAGCCGGUUCUUCCGUCGUCGGGUUCCGCGGCGGCGGAUCCUUCCAUGGAGGACACCGAUUUCUCGGAAACUGUGAAGUACAUCAGCCAGAUUCUCAUGGAAGAGAACUUUGAGCAGAAGCCAUGUAUGUGCUACGAUCCACUGAGCUUGCAACACACGGAGAGAGCCUUCUAUGAUGCCUUAGAAGCUGAAUUGCCUCUUUCUCCCAAUCAACACCCGCUGGAUGGUGAUUGUUCGAAUGCUGAUUCUGGAAGCAGCGCCAAUUCUCAUGGAAUGAGGUUUCUUUCCCCUGAUUCCCCUGUUUCCUCUGUUUCUGGUGAUUGUUCUGCGCUUUCGAUUUCUCAAACGAACUCUCAUGUUGUUGUUGCUUCGCAAUCUUUGACUAAAACUAGUGAUGGGGUUUUGAAUUUGGAUUUGGAUUCUUCUGUAUCCAAGCUUUUAUCUGAGAAUAUCUUUAGUGAUGUCGAUUCUGUGUUGCAGUUUAGAAGAGGGUUAGAGGAAGCUAGUAAGUUUCUUCCUCAGAGUACUCAGUUUUUCACUGGUCUUGAGAGCGGCAAGGUGUCUGAAUUGCCUAAGGGAAGGGAAGGAGUCAAGGUGGAUCAUGGUCCUAGGGAGAAUUCAAAUUCAAAUUCAAAUUCAAAUGGGUUGUUGAAGAAUAGGAAGAAUCAUGUGCGUGAAGACAGGGAUGAUGAAGAAAGAAGAAGCAACAAGCAAUCUGCGGUUAGUUCUGAUGAUGGUGGUGAAAUAUCUGAAAUGUUUGACCGGGUGUUGCUUAGUAUUGAAAAUGUACCACUGUGUGCUGAACCAGUUGUGCAGGAGAGUAGCACAGAAGUGGAGGAACAAGAACAACAACCGCAUUCGUCUGAUGGAUUCAAGCCUCGUUCCAAGAGAAAUGGAAGGAAGAAGGAGACAGUGGAUAUGAGGACCCUUUUGACUCUUUGUGCACAAGCUGUGUCCUCCAAUGAUUACAGGACUGCUCAUGAACUUCUGAAGCAGAUUAGGCAGCAUUCUUAUGAGUUUGGUGAUUCAUCACAGAGAUUGGCUCAUUACUUUGCCAGUGGCCUCGAGGCACGCUUGGAUGGAGAUGGUACUGGAACCAAAAUAUUCUACAUGAGCCUCAAGAAGUUCACUGCUGCUGAUUACCUAAAAGCUUACCAAGUUUUUAUAUCUGCUUGCCCUUUCAAGAAAUUUGCACAUUUCUUUUCAAAUAAGAUGAUUUUGAAGAUAGCUGAAAAGGCAGAAACCCUUCACAUCAUUGAUUUUGGUAUUCUGUAUGGUUUCCAGUGGCCGAUUCUCAUCAAGAUUUUGUCAAAAAGAGAGGGUGGUCCUCCCAAGCUAAGGAUAACAGGAAUAGAGUAUCCUCAAGCCGGUUUUCGCCCGGCAGAAAGAAUUGAGGAAACCGGUCGGCGUCUAGCUAGCUACUGUGAGCGUUUUCAUGUUCCCUUUGAGUACAAGGCAUUAGCAUCACGCAACUGGGAAACCAUUCGAAUCGAAGACCUUGAUAUUAAAAGCAAUGAAAUACUUGCUGUGAACACUCUGGUAAGGUUCAAAAAUCUGCACGAUGAAACAAUUGAAGUGAACAGUCCUAGAAAUGAAGUUCUGAGUUUAAUCAGGAAGAUGAAUCCGGAUAUUUUUACGCAAAACAUAGUAAAUGGAUCUUACAAUGCCCCUUUCUUCGCCACACGCUUCAAGGAGGCACUUUUCCAUUAUUCCGCAAUGUAUGACAUGUUUGAUACUCUCAUAUCGCGCACAAAUGAAUGGAGGUUGAUGCUUGAGAGAGAGUUUUUAGGUCGGGAGAUUAUGAAUGUUGUGGCUUGUGAAGGUUUUGAGAGGGUUGAGAGGCCUGAGACAUACAAACAAUGGCAGACUAGGAAUGUAAGAGCUGGUUUUAGGCAAAUCCCACUGGAUAAGGAGAUAAUGGCCUUAUUUAGAGGCAGGUUAAGAGCAUGGUACCACAAAGAUUUUGUCUUCAAUGAAGAUCACAAUUGGAUGCUUCUAGGUUGGAAGGGGCGCAUAUUGUAUGCUUCCACUUGUUGGGUGCCAGCAUAGUGACAUGUUACUGAACUCUCUUCAAUUGCACUUGUGUUCUGGGUUAAAGAACUUCUCAGAUUCAACUAAAUCCUACAGUGUCAAGGAGGGGCUGUUAGUGUAUGUUCAGUUUUAUGUCACCAAGAUCCAGAAUCGAUUCUACUAUUGGAAAAGCUAAGGGAAGUAGCUUCUCUUCACAAAGAUUUUGGCUUAAACGUGGUUUCUGAAUGAGUUUCCAAACAUAGAUAAGGAGUUUCCUUUACGGCUUUUAGUAUGGUUCACAAAAAUGUUUUUUAUGGGUCUCUCUCUCAUGGUCAAGUUUAUAAGUAAGUUGACAAGUUUUACAAUGAAAAUUCUUGAUUCUUGUUUCUCUCUUUGAAAUUUCAUUUCAGCAUAAUGUCUCUGAAGCUCUCAGUUUCCACUCACAGCAUUUCUAGGGACAAAUGUCCUGUAGUUUGCUGGAAGUCUGGAACUUCAUAUCUAUUAUUACAUAAUGACUUGUAUUUCCUGGAA